CACAAUUCAAGGGACCCCAAUCGAGUGCACGAUUGUGUUCGUGAUAUACGCGGGUAACAGAAGACUGCAAACAGUCCAUUAGGUAUAUAUAUAAGUAUUGCCAUAGGGAGUUCGACAAAACAUAUGCCUCCGUCACUAAAGUUCAGUCCUUGUUGAAACACUGGCGAGAUAAAUGCGAGAAAACUGGAGCCUCUUACAGAAGCUUUCCUAUGAGACAAACAAACGUUUAAAGUAAUCGUUGAAGAAAGCGUUUUUCAGCACUUCAUUGUAGGCAGCAUGUGGCAAGAGCUCGGAAAAUUGAAGGUGAAGAACUGGCGAGAAUAGAACGAAUUUCACUAUUAAGGCGUCUCAGUCGCAAACAACAGAUUGAGUAUCUCAAGAAAAACUUCCAUGAUCCUCCAUUUCCACUGGAUGGAGAGGCACCAAGUGAACUUAUUCGUUAUUUCGGUACUUAUUUUUAAUGCUAGAAUGUUCUGCGAAGGAUGUGAAGGAAGAUGUUGACAAAUGUAAAGAGGAAGUAAAUAGCUUAGUAGGAAAAGCGUCGAAAAAUGUGGUGAAGAAUUUAUUGGAAGAAACACUGAGUAUGGUCAAAGCGUCACCCCUAAUUCCACGUAAACACAAUGACGAGGAGCCUGAGGCAGAAAAUGAACUACCCACAUUUGGAGCCAUAAAUAUCCAAACAGAUGGCUUCGGAAAUCACAUGAAUUACAAUGGAGAAUCUGUAAUGUCCACCAGAUUCACUGAACACCAGUCCCUCGUUGGUACACAGCAUCAACUUACAGCAAAACAGCAACUGAGAGAGCGAUCCGACGAUGGGAAUUUUUCUCACUCUGGGGAGACUAACGAAACUACACCUCCUUCCGCUCUGGAAAUUGAUGAGGAACCAAUUUCAUUAAUUUAUGCUGCCCCCUCGACUUCUGCUUGUAAAGAAUCUGACACAAACCCUACCCUUAUGCUUACAAACGCCAGUUCCUUAAACUGGCUAAGGACUGGGACGCCUCCACUUGAGUGCGAAACGCCACAAGCGCAAAAAUUUACAGCAAGCACUGCUCCGGUAGUGCGAAUAGCAUCAUCAUACACAGCUUCACUUAUGAGGGAGACCGAACCGCAAGAAGUGUCCAGCAAACGAGAUCGGAGGUCGUCUAAUCGGAUAUCAGAACCCAUAGUGAAUGAAACCAGUGAGUCAAAUAACGAAGUGGAGUUUACUGCAGAGUUACUCGUUUCUGGAAUGAAUGUGUUACCAGCACAAUUCAGGCAGACAGAUACUCUGUUAUAUCCAGAUGCUGUGGCCGAUAAAUUCCAGUUUUCUGAUCCACAAUCCACUCCGAUGGCCCAUUAUGGUACCAGUGCCACAGAAAGAGCCCCUCAAAACGGACUUUUCUACCCUGAUUCCAUCCAUAUCAGUCAGUUAUCCAGUCCCCACACUCCGGUUCGUUUGAGCUUGGAAAACUUGAAAGUAAUGGUAAAUGAUUGUUCCAGUAACGAUGUCGCAACUUUGUGCAGACGACGCUGCACCAGCCCGUUCAGAGGCAUACUGAAAUCUAACUAUUCACCAACUUCCACCAGUCUCGAGCGACCGAAUGGGCACCCAAACAUGGUUUCUGAGUUGAAUAUGGAACAAGCUCGAAACAGAACAGAAUCGUCCCCAUCGAGACUUCAAAACGGAUCAAAUGGGAACGAUAUUCAUUCUUCGAAUGGUACAAUGCACAGCGUCUGUGACAGUCCAGACAGCUUUUGUUCUGUGUCGCCACGCUCUGCCGGGAAGUCGGUGCGCUUUGCCGAUGAAAUUAUGAUGAACAGGAGGACUUCUUCAUCCACAGAUCCAAGUCAAAAGCCAGAAGAGCUUCAGCGGAGUGGAGCUUGUCUAAAGGAGAUAGUUCAUUCUGAAGGGCCGGUGGUUUCUGUGAUGUCUCCCAAAACAACUGAGGAGCACACCUGGAACUCAAUGGAAUCGUCGUCACCCAUCUGGAGUGAUCAGUAUAAGCUCCCCUCCCUUCGUUCUCCUAGUCGAUUGUCCGUUGGUGUCAGAGAGCUUCCAAAUAGCAACGGUUUUAUAAACCUUUUCCAAGAGACAAGAGCAGAGAACCCACCGAAUUCACCACCUUUGGUUUGUGAAGCACCCACACUUCCUCCGACUGCCAAAUUCAAGGGCACAGCCAAACUAGGACAUUCCGAUCUUCUGGGUGCGUGCUUGAAGAAACCUACUGGGGGCGACCAAUUUGUGUAUUCAAAAGAACGUUCUACUCAGGCCCCAUCCGUCAACGCGCACGUAAUAGCACCUGCAAUAUGCUUGGCUGCCGGUGAUACCAGUGGAAAUACGAAUGGCACCAUACGCACCACUCGUGAUAACACGCCGCCUAUUGGGACCAGAACUUUGAACCCACAAAAUGUCGACAAUCACUAUUCCGAGCCAAACUCAAAUCUUAACCGGAAAACUGUUAAACCCAAAGUACUUGACUCCAGCAAACUAAACGAAUUUAUACAAAAUUUCUCAAACGCGAAGAACAUCGGGAACCAGCCAAAAGAAUCCGAAAAGAAUUGCAUAUCAUAUCCUACAUAUAACCAACCGCCUUCAAUUUCUUCCUCCAAGAACCCAGAUCGGACAAGAAAAAUCAGCCCCGAGUCACUAGUAUAUAAUGGGUCUAAACACCGUGGUCACCGUCGUCGGUUUCAAGAAACACCAGAUUAUGAGGGUUUGGAUACAACCAUAUCGGAGAAUGGAGAUUUUAACAAUAAUCUUUUGAUGUCUUUCACGAGCAAUCCACAUCAUUCCGUCACAUCCCCGGUCAUCUCGGUGCAAAAGACAUCAGGCACAAAGAGAUUCUUAUCAGUAAUUUCACAAACAGCUCCCCAUUUGACGGGACAAGAUUUGGACCGGCCAAGUCCGUCAAAUGCAGUCUCACAGAUCAGUUUGCGAUCGUGCGUUCGAGGCCGGGCGUCUUCAGGCGACCAGCUCCGUAGAGAUGGCAACAGGCAACCAGAGACGUUGCCAACACAAGAUGUCAGCAGGGCCCCUACAGACAGCCUUGCUGAAUUCAUCAACUCCGAGAGGGCUUGUCAAUGGGAUGAUCAAAGCUCUACAGACAUUUUCAAGCCCGUUUCUUCCCGUCGCUCGCCUGUCUCGACGGGCAGUUUAAGGAAACCAAGCCGCAAAUACCGAAGUGGCACUUCAACGAUAUCAGUGGAAGAAUCACGUUUACUGCAAUCGCUUGACCGUCUUAACACCCGACUGAACGAUUUAUGGUCGACAAAAGGAUGACUUUCAUCCGGCUGCAAUCCAGCCACCAGCCGAGUGAUGUGAUUCCAUACUCUCUCGAGAGUGCCACUUAUCUCUAUGUGUGAUUCAUACCGCAUGAUGUAAAUCAACGUUUACUAUGCGCGUUUGCAGGCGUUUCACUAUUGUCCAGUUGAUACUGGUAACAAGUUUUAUUUUGUUUUCUACUGGCAUAUCGAUUGACCCCUUAUUUUCGAUCGUUCGCAUUCUGUUUACAAUUAAUCCGAAUAAAAGU